UCAAAUCAAUUCCAUCUUACACUUAAUCUGUUAUCGUCUUUUUAGUUAUUUAGAGAUAACGCUACCCUAUAUCCGUAGAAGAUCAUAUAAAUCAUAAAUAUUAAUCACAUAGAAGAUCAUGGCUCUUACACCACUUGAAAAGGCUGCUAGUGGAGCAUUAGCUUCAGUCAUUGCCAAUACUUUGGUUUAUCCCUUGGAUUUAAGUAAAACCUUGAUUCAAACUCAAGUUAAAAAGAUUGAUAAGGCAUCAUCAUCAUCUGGUAGUUCUGAUCCUCCAUCUGAUUCUGAUUUAGAUGAAUCAGUUUAUAAACAAAAAUAUAUACCUCAAAAACAUGAAUUAAAAUAUAAGAAUACUCUUGAUGUAUUACAAAAGAUUUAUGCUAAAAAGGGAAUAUUAGGUUGGUAUCAUGGAUUAUUUUCAUCAAUUUUAGGUACUGCUGCUCAAAAUUUUUCAUAUUUUUAUUGGUAUACGAUUGUUAAAAGAGUUUAUGCUAAUUUAUAUAAACAUAUUCCUAAUCAUAAAGCAAAUACCUUAACUGAAUUGUUUCUUGGAGCAUUGGCAGCUGCUAUUUCUCAAUUGUUUACCAUGCCAAUUGGAGUUAUUACAACUCAACAACAAACUGAUAAACAUCAUAAAACAUUAUUUCAAUUAACUAAGGAAGUAUUGGAACAAGAUGGUGUUAGUGGAUUAUGGAGAGGAUUAAGAGUUUCCUUAGUGUUAUGUAUUAAUCCAUCUAUUACUUAUGGAUCAUAUGAAAGAUUUAAACAAAUAUUAUAUGGUAAUAAAGAAUAUCUUGGACCAUUAGAAAGUUUUUCAUUAGGAGUAUUAGCUAAAUCAUUAGCUACAGUGAUUACUCAACCAUUGAUUGUUUCUAAAGCGAUGUUACAAAAGAAGAAGAAUAAUAAUAAGAAUGGUGAUGCCAAUAAGAAAGUACAUGAAGGUGAUGAAGAAGAUGAAGAAGAAGAAGAUAUUACGUUUGAUAAUUUCACGGAUGCCCUUGUUCAUUUAUGGAAGACUGAACAAUUCCAUGGAUUAUAUAAGGGUAUUGCCCCUCAAUUAUUAAAGGGAGUAUUUGUCCAAGGGUUAUUAUUUAUGUUUAAAGAUCAAAUUGAUUUAUCAUUUUUAACAUUAUUAAGUUUACUUAAAGCUAAGAAGGGCUUAAAGAGUCAUUAGGAGAAUUAGGUAGUUGCAUGAGAAAUGAUUUAUCAUAUUAUAUUUAUUUAUUAUUAGUUAAUAGAACAAGUUAGAAUCGAUUGUUGAUUGUUAUGAUUUAUCAAUAUGAAGAGUUGAUAGAUUAAUAGAUAGUUUUUAAUAUUUAAUAAAAUUGUCAUUUAGUAUAUGAAUGAGUAAAGUGUGUUGUGGGUUAAAUCUGUAGAGUGAUGAUUUGAGUUGAGUUGGGAUUAUGGAUAAUGGAUAAUGGAUAAUGGAUAAUGGAUAAUGGAUAAUGGAUAUACUGAUUAUGAAGUGAUAUGUGAUAUCUGAUAAUCCGAUGAAAAAACGGAUAAAGCUAAUCAAGACAAGAU